UUGGUUCACUCGCUUAAAGUUGAAGCGAGUGAGCUAAAACCCAACAGUGUUCUUAGUGAACGCGUACCAAUGUGGAAUUCAAGGUUCCUGAAACUGUUGAGGCAGGAAGGUCUACGCUUGAAAAGUCUGACUAACCCAGAUUACUUAACUCUAAAAGAUUUAAAUUGGGACAAUAAUGGUUUAAAGGCAAUGAAUGAAUUGGAACGUUGCCUGAUCAAAAUUAUUAAAGGUGAUAGACGCAAAUGUCUUUCAUACGGCAUAUGUUUCCCAGAAAUUAAGUCUGUUAGAAAAGAAGAUUGGAUUUAUCCUCGAAUGCAGUGGGCUGUCCUUUAG